AUGGAGCCUUCUCAGAAUAUCUCUGUCCUGCGCGACCUUUUUUCAAAAUGUGACAGAGGAUACUUGAUGGAAAACCUAGAUUCCAGAGGCGAUUAUCAAACAUACGUCCCUGUCUUCUCUAUGCUGUUCAAUAUCGCCAAAUAUUCUGAUGCUAAAUCUCUGCUCAAUCACGGCCUUGACGAUGGCAGCCUCCCUUGGGCAGUAGUUCUAAGCGGAUUUAAGGAUCCUGCUGAGGGAAAGGUUGUAAGGAGCGAGUUCCUGGACCAGCAGUGGGGGAUUUGCUUUUCAUUGCUCGAGCUCGAGAGAGACUUCUCUAAUUUGGAGUUUCACAAGCUUUCUACCUUCCCAUUCCCGAAGAACAUACCGAUCCUGCAUCUGGGCAAAGAUAUACAGUCUGGGAUACGCAUGAUAAAUUUCCCUAAGAUUUCGUACAAUUAUAUAACAGAAAGAAUUGAGUGUUCAAACAUUACAUCGAACGAACUAGAACAUUCACGAGAGACGUUGGCUGAUAUCUUUGCGGACAAUAAACCUCCUUAUGAAUAUCAAGGCAUCAAAUACACGUGGGAGCGAGUUCUCGGGAUAAUUUCUAGCAUAAUGGCUGUCCAUGGUCAUGUUAAAAACUUGCGAAUUGACUACGACAUUACACCAACUACUAUUCUAGUUUCUACAGAUAGAGGUUCUGGAAAAGAUUUCUUCUUGGAUUUCAACGCUACAAAUGAUGGGAGAGGCUAUGAAGCUGAUAAAGCAAAUACUUUCGCUGCUUGUCACAACCGAACAUAUAGUAGGUCGUCCGCAUUCCCACGAACAUAUGCACGUGGAUCUGACCCUAGGUGUUUAGGCGCCCCCGAGUCUUCGUUUAUUACUAUGAGCAAUACCGAAAAAUGUUCAUCGGACGAUAUGUGGUCAUUGGGAUGCAUCCUCCUUGAGAUCUCGGCUUUCAUUACAUACGGACAUCCAGGCCUCCAUGAAUUCCAGAAGCAAAGGGAGAUUGAGAUUGCGUCUUUACACAGGAGUCUAGGAAACCUUGAUGAUAAAUGUUUUCACGACAGCCACGGCCCGCUCGUAUCUGUGCAGAAAUUUGUCCAGGGGAUCCAUCGCAAUGGGCGGCGUUGUGAUGAUAUCACCCCGCGGAUAGCAGAUUUGGCCUUGAAUCGAUUAUUGGUUCCUCAAAAGUCUAGGUGUACCGCAUUUGAACUCUUCAACAAGGUCGACGAGGCUAUCGAAAUUAGCAAGGACGUUUGA